AAACAACCAACGAAGCAGUUAAUAAUCAAAUGAUUGAAGAACAAAAUAAUAGAGAUAAGCUAUGUGAAUUAUCAAAUGAGCCAAAUAUUGGGAAUAGUUUGUUGGUUUUGGAAUUUAUUAACAAUAAUGAAUCAACUUUAACAGAAGAGAUUUUAAAUGAAGAUGAAAUAAUUGAGAUGAUCUUAAAUGAAGUAAAUGAAUCAGAUGAGGAUACUGAUGAACCAGAAGCUAUUGUAGGCGACAAUGAUGCCUUGGGGGCAAUCAAUAAAUUACUCAUUUAUAUUGAACAGCAAAAUGAUUGA